CAUAUGGAAUGCAUGUUCAUGACAUUCUUUUGAUGACGGCGAGCCCACCAGCCUCACCGCCUCUGCCAGUGUCUCAUCAGGUGCCCACCACUGAGGAGCCUAGCCCCAACAUCCGCUGAGCCCCGCACCCGUCAUUGCUUGCUCGCCAAAGUCCAUCAGGCCAGCACCAGACAACGUAUCGCCGCGGUGGAGUUACCUGGGUCGAGCGCAUCGCUACUCUAGAGCGCGGCGCGCCCCACACUGGUUUUGCCUUGCAGACCAUCAGCAUGUCUUACGGCAUUAUUCUGAAAGAAUACCAACACGGUACGAGUGCACAUCUGUGCUCAUGGGACCAUUUCAAACCGCCAUCACACGUUGGACGAAUUCGCGGCCCGUGUUGCUUCGUUUUGGCGCAUGUCCAAUUACCUCAUCCUUUCCUACCCCCUUGUCACCACUCAACCGAACGCACGUCGCGCCCUCGCCCGUGGCUCGCGCCCUACGCGGUUGUAUUCCGGACCUCUUUCGCGUUCUCCUACACGCCGCUUCGACCGCUUUGCCUAGACUGCCCACUGAUGGAGGCAUUGAUUGGGGUCCAUUCUCGCGCCGUCAUCAAGCCAUUUCGUAUACGAACGACUGACCAUCGGGAUUCGACCAUGUCGACGGAGCCACAACGACAUGCUACCCGACGUGGCUCCGCGCUCGGUGUAUCCUGGUGGAGCGUCUCACCCGUUGUAGCUCCUGGUCGGGGGUGCAGCGGGAGAGGCAGCUGGAUUCAUCAACCCGGGCAUGGCCGUGGAGGGAGAUUCGUUCACGUACCGGACUUUACCGCGGCCGCGAGUUUGACGAGCUUGCGUAGGCCAUGUUCGCCCUCGCGCUGCGCUCAAUGGUCUAGCAUGCUCGACAGCAUCAGUAUGUCCCCGACUGGGAAACGAUGUCAACGUCUCUACCUCCUUUCCCCGGCAAUAUGCCUUUCCACUUUCACUUUUGCCAUGUCUUUACGUGACACUUCUUCGUCUUCUCAUUAUCGCAUUCCUGAACAAUGAGUCAGGACUCAGCGAGAUUGACCAGCCGAAUGCCGAUUCCACUCCUUUAUGACGACUUGUCCUAUAGGAACCCAUGCAAUGUACGCAGUACUACGUUGUAUGUACGUACGGUACUCUUUUAUGCCAGUGCAGUGGUAGUUUGUGGUAUUGGUGCGUCUCCUCGUCUCAUUGCAGACCAGCUUGACGUUUACAUCAUACCUUGUCAGUGUCAUGAUGUUAUAUAAUGCCCG